AGAGAGAGAGAGAGCAAUCGGGUCGAAUCCCGGAGAUGGAGGUUUACUGGGUGAUGCGGCGUUGGUCGCCCGCGAGAUCCCUCGGCCUUCUUAUAGCCGGCGUGCGUCCCCCUCGGCCCCGACCUUACAUGGCGAUUCGCUCAGAGUCUUUCUGUGAUCGGAGGCGGCGGAGGGCGUACGACGGGCUGCUGCUGGACGCCGGCGGCACGCUUCUCCAGCUGGCGAACCCCGUCGAGGAGACCUACGCCUCAAUUGGGAGAAAAUAUGGACUGCUUGCGACUGAGAAGGACAUAAAGCAAGGUUUCAGGAGGGCUUUUGCCGCUCCAUGGCCGGAGAAGCUUCGCUACCAGGGUGACGGGCGGGCAUUCUGGAGGCUGGUUGUAUCCGUAGCCACCGGUUGCAGUGAUAAUGACUAUUUCGAAGAAGUAUAUGAGCAUUUUGCAAAUGGUGAUGCAUGGCACCUACCUGCUGGGGCAUAUGAAGAAAUGUGUUUGUUGAAAGAUGCCGGAGUUAAGCUGGCUGUUGUCUCUAAUUUUGACACCCGCUUGCGCAAACUGCUGAAGGACCUCAAUGUUGCACAUCUGUUUGAUGCCAUCAUCAUCUCUUCAGAGGUCGGGUUUGAAAAGCCAGCUGCAGAGAUAUUCAGAGCAGCUCUAGAUCAAAUUGGUGUCCAGUCCAGCAGAGUGAUCCAUGUUGGAGAUGAUGAAAAGGCAGAUAAACAUGGUGCCAAUGCCAUUGGAAUUCAUUGCUGGUUGUGGGGAUCAGAUGUGAAGUCAUUUGCUGAAAUCAGCAAUGGGAUUCUCAUACCAGAUUCAGAAGAAAGAAACUGAGCUCUAACUGAAAGCUUGUCAACUCAGUUCGAUUCAAGACACUGCACAACAUUGUAUCUUGUUUCACUAAUAAGUUUGAAGUUGUUUUGACAAUAAUCAAGCUCCAUUGUUCUUACAUUUGCUAGAGAAAUUGUUUUCCACUAUGAACAGCCACUUCCAAGU